GAUGUAAUGUAUAAAAUUUAUAACACUUACUUAAUUUAUAAUACUUACUACUCAACAUACUAAUCGCAUCUUGAAUAUUGCAGGAAAUGAUGAAACAGUAUUCUAAAAAUUCCAAGGAUCAGGAUGAUGAUAGAACAUUUUUAUACAGGUUAUUUCAUAAUGAAAUUAAGAAGUAUCAUAUCUGUAAUCUUAUUCCACAUCUACUGGAUUUAGCAGACUUUGAUACUCAUCAAAAAGUUGUUGAAGCCAUGAAUUCAUUGAAGCCUAUAUGUCUUGAAGAUUUUCAAACUAAAGAGAUUCAGCUUUCUCUUGCAGCGCUUCUGACACAUUAUGAUCCUGCAGGAGUUAUGAAUUAUCCUUUGUUUCCUCUUAUAGAUCCAGAAUUAAAAGAGAUGCUUUUCAAAGAGUUGAAAAUUCUUUAUAGCAGUAUUACACCUGCAAGACUGAAUGAGAAUGAAAUUUACAGCAAAAAAACUGAAUUAUAAGAAUCAUACAUAACAUUUUAGGUCAUGCUGCUUUAGCAGCUUUAAAAUCUGCAAUUUAUUUUCAAAUGUGAGGAACUCUUUACUUAAUAUUCUUAAAUAUGGUCUGAAGCUUGUAAAGUAGAUGAAUUCUAGUCAAAAGAAAACUUCCGAAGAAAUAAAUUAAAACCAAAUUUAUUUUAUUCAUAUCAUUGAACAAUGCUGAUGUAAGUAUAUAUAUUCUCUAAUGAAAUUGAGUGAAAUUAUCCUUUUUAGGACUUCUUUGAUUUUUUUAUGAGAAUAUUUGUUCCAAAGUUUAAGUAAUCAGCAUAAUUUUCUCUGUUGUCAUAAAUGGUGUUUAUUCUUGUCUAUUAAAAAGUAAAUGCAAGAAUUCUGAAACAUUAUUUCAUUAAUAGAAUGCUAUUAUAGAUUUGUAAAUAACACAAUUUAUUUUAUAAAAUAAUCAUUUUCCAGUUGUUUGGAAAUUUUGCAUUCAUCAUGACAUCUAGAUGACAUUUAGAAGUUUUACAAAUGAAUCAAUGUAUGCGGGUAUAAUUAAAAGAAAAAUUAGUGAUAUGUUUUUCUGCAGAUAAUGAUUUUAAUGUGUUCUGAGCUACAUAGAUGGAUUUCCCCCCCCCCCAAAAAAAAUUGUUACAAGCACCAGCAUUUGAAAAGUAAUUAUUGUGGAGGGAAUACUUUAUCACAGAGUUUAGACUGAUGAUACUAGUUUUCUAGCAGUAGUUGUGUGGGUAAGUAGUGUCAGAGCAAUUGAAAUGGCAAGUCAUAAAAGUGGUCUCGCUUGGAGGUGUGAGGCGUGAUUUGUUAUUCUGAUCAAGAUCUGGUCCGUAGCCAUACUGUUACUGCUGGUCGUUAUUGCGCCACUUUGACUAGGUUAUGAUACACAAGUGCUCUAGCAUAUUGAGUUGAUGGUGUCUUCCUCUUGCAUAACCAUAUCUGGCUCUAUACUGUUCGCUAAAUUCAAGAAUUGCUGCAAAAGUUUACACGGAAAGUCUAGAGUCCCUCCAUAUAGCCCAAAUUUAGUUCCCAGUGACUAUUUGCUUUUUUUGAAAUUGAAGGAACAUUUAUUUGGGAUGUUGUUCUCUUCAGGCAGUGAUGUGAAAACAGCUACCAAGAACUGGCUCAAUGGACAGGGACGUGAUUUCUACCAAGCCAGGUUAAACAAGUUGGUCCUACAAGCAGAUAAAUGCCUAAAUAGAUUUGAUGAUUACGUGGAAAAAUUAUACCAAAGUAUGUCUCUUAAUUCCCUCUUCUACUUUUUGUCUAUUGUUACUAAAUAAUUUUUAUUACCCUUGUAACCUUCUUUUUGGAUCUACCCUCAUAUAAAACUUUGUACCUACAUAGUAUAUGGCACUGUGUUUGUAGAGUCCUUACUGGGCCUUUAUUUUCACAGUUGCUUACUGUAGAUAUAUAUUUCCAGUUAUAAAAAUGCUUUAAAUUGGUGAAAUUCAAA